GACAACCUUUCCUUUUUCAACGCGAUGCAAAUAUCAUAUCUAGCAGCCAAACACAAACACAAAAGUCAUCAUAUCAGAUUCAAAAACCAUCCUUCCAUGGAGCUCCCAUCCCCUCUCCAUCCUCUUCCCUGGCAAUACCUUUUCCCUCCUCAAUUCCUCUUUCCACACAACUUCAUCCCUCCAAACCAUGUUCACUGGACCCAAACACCAGAAUCUCACAUUUUCUCUGCUGACAUCCCUGGUGUGAGGAAAGAAGAGCUGAGAGUGGAGGUUGAGGAUUCGAGGUACCUCAUAAUCAGAACUGAAGCAGCAGAGGAAUCCACAGAGCCUCCUGCUAGGAAGUUCGUGAGGAAGUUCAGGCUUCCAGCUAGGGUUGAUCUUGAAGCCGUCUCUGCAGGCUAUGAACACGGAGUCUUGACCGUUACAGUUCCCAGAUCUUUGAGGAGAGGUUUCCUCAUUGAACCUUCUGUGCCUGACACCACGGAAGCUCUUGCAAGAGCUGCUUGAAUUCAAUGAUUCUUCUUCCUUUUGUUCUUAGAUUUCUGGGAAAAUCAGCAGCCUCUGGUUCUUGUCAUGUCUCAAUUAGAUAUGGAUUUGGAUGUUUUAUCUCGUCACUGUUAUUUUCCAGAAGUGACAUUUAAUUUAAGUCCUCAUUUCAUUA